UUGUUUUAGUAGUAGUUGAAACGUAGAUUCGAAAGGACGUGUCCGGGUUUGCACGACGGACAGACGGGUCUCGCACUGUUGUCGUCGUCGUGGUCGCCGUCGUCUUCGGUGUGCAGAACACCGUUUGCUCUCUUCUUGUGUGUGUGUGUGUGUGUGGUGCACUGGAAAAGACACCAUAUUGUGCAGAUCCAUCCGCUCCGCUCCCGGUUAUAAGGGUAGCAGCAGGGUAGUGGCAUAUAAGUGGCUCGCCGGGUUGUGGCACGAUUUGCCUUUCCGGCGAACGCGAGCGUUUCAGUAAAACAGGGUGGUUUAGCUAGUUAGCAACGAAUGAUGUGUGUGUGAGAGAAAGUGUUGUGCUAGUGUGGAUGUGUAUAUUUACAUGAAGUUCAUAGAAUUUGUGAAUCCUGUUCGAUACACGAAUACAGUGAGUUGUUUCAGCGAGCGGCGCAAUCGGAGCCGUUGAGCGCGCUGAGUGAGUGAGUUGCGCGAGCGGCAAGCGAUGAGCGUUCGAUGCCGGUGAAAAAGCCCCCAAGCCUAGUGAGAUUGUAGUGCAAAGCGUACCAGAAAAGAGCGCCUGAGUUAGUGUGUGCGCGUGUGUGUGCUGCAAGAGUGGCUGCCAACCGAUGGCAAGUGUGAUGGUGAUGGCCAUCGCGAAAGCAUCUCUAGCCGCGGCAAGAUGAAGCAUUCGGCCGUGAUCGUUUCGCACAUUCGACCGGUGGCGCCGUAAUGGUCGCUAGUGAAGUGUGAAAUAGUGCUAAAAUUGUGGUGUAUUAGUAAUACGUGGCACCCGUAGCGAUUAGUAGUAACAGCAGCAGCAGCAGCAACAGCAGUUUGGCACUACCUACCUCUUCCAUUGCCGCAACGUGUCCGCAAACCGAUCCCGUCAGCCGUUGCAUUCCUUCCUCCCAACUUCAACCUCCUCUCCACUCACCUCACACCGUCCCCUCUCCCAUCCCCUUGGUAACAUACAGCCGUGCAUAGGUCAUGGUUAUCCGAUGUGCAUUCAAUUAAAAUUUAAAUGAGCAUUUGGUGAUGUCAUUACGUUCGGAUGAUAAUGAACAGGAUUAUAUUCGGGGUGUUUCUCAUCCUCACGUGCCGGCCCCCGUCCGCACCAAGGACCCCGCUAGCGGACCACCAGCAGCAGCGGCCAGCGUCCGGCUACGGCACAGCAGCACCGGGAGGAGCGGGUGGCGGCAUCGUCGCCGUCCAGGCGACUCCACUUGCACAAGUACCAACCUUGGCAUCUGGAGGAGCCGAUUCGACGAUCAACCCGUUCAUUCGGUACUGGGAACCAGCCCGUUUCGACCGCGGUCUACUAGAUGUGGCCCACCAGCACCACGAGCAGCACCGAAGGCGCCGCCGCAGCAUCAACUACGAGCAUGGUUCCGCCGCGUACGGUCCAGCCAAUGUGGUGCGAUUAAACUUUCGGGCUCAUGAUCGCGAGUUCCGGUUGGUGCUGCGGGAGGACCCGCGGUCGGUGUUUUCCCGGGACGUCCAGAUCGAGAACACCGAGGGCCCGCUGGACUACGAUCUGUCGCGGAUCUACACCGGCACGGUGGAAGACGAUGAACACUCGCACGUCCACGGUGUGCUGACCAGCGACAACCUGUUCGACGGUACGGUUGUCACGAACCUAGAGCAAUACUACAUCGAACCGGCCGCCCGGUACUCGCCGGAGCUCGAGCGGCGGCACGGUGUUCAUACUGUGAUCUACAAACUCAGUGACGUGAAAAUUCACCAGAACCACCACGGUCACCAUCGGCCGGACCGCGGGGCGGAGCGGGCGCGCAAUGGCAGCAGUGAUUCCGGUGAACGUGUGUUAAAUUUAGCAACCAUCCAGUCUAGCCCUAGUACUCAAUUCAAUCACGUGCGUGAAGCUGACGGACAAAGCGAACAACGGGCGGCGGAAGUGGACAGCGGAAGGCCCGUAACGACGAAACAACGUCGCCCGGGAAGCGCCGCGCAGCGGAAAAUGCGCCGAAAGCGGCGCUGGCUGGAGGAGGAAGAAGUGAUACAGGAGAGCAGAAACCCAUCGCUGCCACUAGAUCUAGAGGUGCCGUACAACAAUGACUACACGGUAGUGCGCAGCCACGGCAAGACAGCGAACGGUGGGGGCAGCGGAAGCACGAUGGAUACCGGCGGUGCGGCCGUAUCUGGAGCCUCCGGGUCCGCUCCUUCUCCCACCCGUCCCACCAUCAACCGGACGGUCAAUCGGGGCAUUAUCGGUGGAACGGGCGUCGGGAGUGGGGCACCGACCGCCCGGACGCCCACGACCGCAGUGAACAAUCGGAAGAAUCACUUCCUGUACAACAUUUAUAAUCCGCACGGCAGCGGUAGCACGAUCAUUACCGGCGGUGGCAUCGUCGGGGCCGGUGCGGAACAGUUCCCGUGGACGCGCACGAUCAACGCGACCGGUACGAACCACAACAAGGAUCACUACGUGGAAAUCAUUACCAAGAAUGGGUCGACGCGCAAGAACGUGCCGGUCGCGGAUCAUCCCGAUGUGAUGGUGAACGGCAACAUUAACCUGAACGUGCGGAACGAUCUGCACGACCACCAUCACCAUCAUCAGCAGCAGUUGCUUCAGCAGCAGCAGCAGCAGCAGAAGGAGCAAAAAUCGUUUGCCAACUCGCUGUACGAUCGGAAGAGCACGUGUAUGUUGUAUCUGCAGGCGGACCAUACCUUCUUCCAGAAGAUGGGCUCGGACGAGGCGAGCAUCGAGGCGAUCACGCGGCACGUGCAGCGGGCGAAUCUCAUCUACAGAAAAACAGAUUUCAACGGCGACGGAAAGCCGGAUAACAUCACCUUCAUGAUCAAGCGCAUCAAGGUGCACAACCAAAAUGCGCUGAAGGAUCCAUCGUACCGGUUUCCCGGAAACUAUGGUGUGGAAAAGUUCCUAGAGCUGUUUUCGGAGGAGGACUACGACGCGUUCUGCUUGGCGUACAUGUUCACCUACCGCGACUUCGAGAUGGGCACGCUCGGGCUGGCCUGGACCGGUGACCUCAAGAAUGCUGGCGGCGUCUGCGAGAAGAAUGGGCACUAUCGCGGUUCGCUGAAAUCGCUCAACACCGGCAUCGUCACGCUGCUAAACUAUGGCAAACACGUUCCGCCGGCCGUAUCGCACGUAACGCUGGCCCACGAAAUCGGACACAACUUUGGCUCACCGCACGAUCCGGAGCAGUGUACGCCGGGCGGUGAGGACGGCAACUUCAUCAUGUUUGCGCGCGCGACGUCCGGCGACAAGCGCAACAACAACCGCUUCAGCCCGUGCUCGCUGAAAGCCAUCGAACCGGUGCUGAACGCGAAGGCCCGCAGCGCCAAGGGUUGCUUUACCGAGCCGCAGGAAGCGAUCUGCGGCAACGGGGUGGUGGAACCGGGCGAACAGUGCGACUGCGGCUGGGAGGAGGACUGCAAGGACUCGUGCUGCUAUCCGAUGUCGCGCCAUCCGCGCUUCGACCAGAAACCGUGCACGCUGACACCGAAGGCACAAUGCAGCCCGUCCCAGGGACCGUGCUGUACGCUCGAGUGCACGCUCAAGCUCGGCGACAAGUGCCGGGACGACAAUGGGUGCCGCGAUCCGGCCUACUGCGACGGGCAGAUGCCGGUCUGCCCGCCGUCCAUCAACAAGCCGAACAAGACGAUCUGCAACAAGGAGUACGUGUGCUACAUGGGCGAGUGUACCGGCUCGAUCUGUCUGGCGUACGGGCUGGAGAGCUGCCAGUGCGCGGUCGGCCCGACCGAUCCCGCCAUCAAGGCGUGCGAGCUGUGCUGCAAGCAGCCGGGCGAGGACCGGCCCUGCCUGAGCUCGUUCGACUGGAACGAGCCGCCGUUCGACGUGCCGGACAUGUACGCCAAGCCGGGCACACCGUGCAACGACUACAACGGGUACUGCGACGUCGCGCAGAAGUGCCGCGAGGUGGACCCGUCCGGGCCGCUCGCGACGCUGCGGAAGCUGCUGCUGUCCGAGGAAAGCAUCGCCAGCUUUAAGCGGUGGAUACUGAGCAACUGGUACACGGUGGCGCUGAUCGUGACCGCCGUGCUGGUCCUGCUGGUGCUGAGCGCGAAGCUGCUGGGCAAGCGUACCAAUCUAAAGCUGAAGACGGUCACCAUCAUCCACAGUGCCACGACGGAAACGGUCCGGCUGCCGGAGGACAACAACGGCGUGAUAGUGCACACCGCCGUCCGGACGAAGGUGCCGCUGAAAAAGAAGGUGCGGGGCGAGCGGUCGAAACCGGGCGGCAAGGGCGGCAAGGGCGGCCCCCCGCAGACGAAACCCGUGGCGGCCUCGGUGCCGAAGCAGCUGCUAACGACGCUGACGGGCGGGAACAGCGCCGCCACCACCACCACCGCCGUGCUACCGUCCACGUCGAAGGAGCUGCACAAGCGCCAGCAAGCGUCCGGGACGGGCGGCCCAACCAGUGGCGGCACCAGCCACCACACCGCCCUCACCACCAAUCCAGCCACCAUAGUUAUUAAGCAGGUGAAGCGGCACGUCGGCCGCACCACCACCACCACCACCACGAUCGUUGGCGACAGCCCGAAGAAGCUGCUGCGCAAGAAGAAAAAGCGUGGCGGCGGUGGCGGCGGAGGAGCUGCUGCGGGCGCCGGUGCCCCAUCGGACGAGUCGCCGGUAAAGGAAUCGCCCACGGCGGCGGCGAUCAAACAGCCGAAGAAACACAAGAAACCGAAAUCCAAACACAAAGAGGUGAUCGACUACUCCAGCCGGAACGCGUCCGACGCGCACAGCCACAGCAACACGUUCGGGAAGGUGCACCGCUGGCUGCUGGAGUCGCCGUCGGCGGCGGCGGCGGCGGCCACCGCUCCCGGUGGUUCGUACGAGCAUGCUCCCGCUCCACCGGCCGCCGUGCCAAACCUGCUCGCCAAAUCGCAGUCGACGCCGGACCAUCUGGCGCAGCAGCAGCCCGUGCCGGUGGUGGCGCCGAAGAAGGUGGCGCGCGUCAAGACGAAAUCGGUGGGCAAUCUGAACGAGAAGGUGCGGCUGCAGGUCGUCUACAAGCCGCCGUUCAAGUUUAGCCUGAAGCUGUCCAAGACGGACCCGGCGGCGGGAUCGGGCGUGAAGACGCACGUCGUCGCCGGCCCGGGCGGGCAGCGCAAAACGCGUCCCCUGACCGACCGGAAGCGCGUUGGACCGGGCGGUGCGGGGGAGGAAGCACAGCAACACGCCGCGGCCCGGAAACGUUCGGCCAUACUUGUGCGGCAGCAGCAACAGGCGGAGGAAAAGCUCCCGAUCAUCAGCAGUGCGCCGCUGUCCGAGCCGAACUAUGAAACGCUCAAUCCACGGCACGGGCCACCGGGCGGGGAGCCGGUGGACGGUGACGGGGAGUCGCACACGUACGAGAAUGUAACGUUCGACGGGGACGGAGACGGGGACGGGCAGCCGGCAGUGGACGACCCCGCCCCGAUCGCGCCCCCCAAUCCAGUGCCAUCGAUCAACACGGCCACGUUCCGGAUCAGCCGGAGUGCGAGCGGGACGACGCGGCUGCCGAGCCAGCACGCGCUAGCGAAGAGUGCGACCCAGCCGGAUCGGCUGGCCGGUUCGGUGCGGGGCAGCACGUCCAAUCUGGUGGUGGCGGGUGGCGCUCGGGACCGGCAGCGACGGUCGAGCGUGCACAACAGCACCACAGCGUUCCGGGCGUUCGGUGGCGGCGGCGGCGGCGGCACGGACAGUACGGAGUGUUUGAUCCGGUCCAGCACGACCAACCUGGCCAAACCGAACAGCGGGAAGCGUAGCAGCUUCGCCGACCGGAAGCGCUCCAGCACGACCAACCUCAGCCGCCACCAGUCGGGCUCCGCUUCGAAUCUGCACUCGCUCAAGCGGCACGGCUCGUCCAGCCAAACGCUGCACCAGGAACCGGGCGGCAGCCGGCGGAACAGUAUCACCCAGCCGGCGAAGCUGUCCCGCUCGGCCUCGAACGGUGUGCCGGCGGCGGGAAGGCACGGCAACGGUGGUGGUACGCUCGGCAGCAACAACUCCGGCACGAGCAAUGGUAGCAAUGGCCAUCAUCCGCACCACCACCAUCGACGCAGCAGCGUUGGCGGGGCGAAACCUUCGUCGAGCCAUCCGCCAGCGCAUCACCAUCAGCAGCAGCCGGCACUGGCUCCCCUGGCACGGCAAACGUCACUGCACGGGAAAGCGAACGGCCAUCAUCCUCACCACCAUCAGCAUCAGCAUCAGCAUCACCAUCACCACCAGCAGCACAACCAUCAUGCGGGUCGCCCACACACGUCGUCCUGUGCGGAUGAUCCGAAAGCUCAGCGACCGUUCGAGUGGCCGAUGGGGGUUGGGGGUAGUGGUGGCGGUGUUGGACGCCGUCCACCGCACGACGAACCGCUCCCGUCCGAUAUGGAGGUGAUGGUUUCGGACGUGGAGAAUCUGGUCUGCGAUGAUAGAUAGCGACAAACCAGUUUGCCAAGCGAUUAGUAGAAGGUUGAAGAGGGAAGGGGGGGAGCAAUGAUGGUGACGACAUGUCGAGUACACACACACACAAACACAAGUGAUAAGUGAGUAACAAUGGAACGACAACAGCCUACAGAAAGAGAUGUACAGUGAGUCCAACAAGUAUGCGUCUUUGCUGAAUAGUUUACAGCAAAAAGGCGAAUUAUGGCCGCAAUAGGCAUGGGUCGGUUAUUAAAAAAAUAGGUUAUUGAAACAAAAACUUGCUCAAUUUGGUUUCUGAAUACUCCCUAGUGACUAUAGUCUUGUAGACUAUUAGUGAUUACAAGAUCAACACGUUAACUCAUUUGAACCGCAAUAAGGGCCUAUUUUUAACCCACUUUUCCUACACGACUUAUUCCAAUGACUGUCUGGUAGGUUCUGGUAGUAAUAAUAUUCAUUUUUAGACCACUUCGCCAAGUUCAAUUGAAAAAUAGGCAACUGAUAUCAUAUUUAGAGCCUACUUUAGCCGUUUUCAUCCGUUUGGUUUCGGCUGGUUUGGUGUUUUGGGCAAAUGACAAUGCUCUGUAUGGUCUCCCGCCCGACUGACCUUGAAACAUGUGGUACUUGUUAAGUAAAAUUUCUCAGUACUGGGACACAAUAGUAUAGUAGACUAUAGUACAUACAAGAACACACAAGACCAUAGUACAUAUAGUACAUAUCUACAUAUAGCCGCAUCUUAGUAAACUGUUUUCGCCAUACUAGACGACGGCCGUAUGACUUUGGCAUGUCCAAUUUGUUUCUCUCUAUUAUAGAGCCUUAUUUUAAAUGAAUUCGUGAAUUAUUUGAUGCUCCUAACCCGAUUUGGCCACUUUCGGCGGAUGGCAUUAUUCAACCAAAUCGUUUUCGUAACAACGCACUCAUUCAAGCCAUAAUAUGACCAGCUACAUACAAUGAAAUGCAGCAUGACCCAUCAUCCAAACGUGGCCCAUCUCUGCUCCUUCUGCAAUGAUUCGUGGUUUUUGCUUGAUUUUUUGGGACAUUGAACCGCUCCUUUCCGGAAGAUUAACGGUCAAGGAUGGCUGCCGAGUUGACAGUUUGACACACAUUUUGUGUCAGAAAAAUGUGCAAACGUAGGAAUUAGAUCUCCCACAUGGCUUACAAUCUACUCGAAGUUGGAAUUGAAACAACAAAAAUGUAUUAAUUUUGAAACGAGCAAGUAGCAGAAUGAUAAUAAUACAUUUAAUUCGUGUCUACGUAGUGUUUGGCCAGCAUAGAUGAGCCAAAAGCUGGAUAGACGAAUACUUUUUGCGCAACCUGCAAACGACCCUUUUUUUUAGUCUUUUUCGUAUUGUAGUUGCUAUUGUACUAUUUAAAUGCCAUUAUUUUUUGACCAAACGUGUAUGUAUUGAUGGUCCCUUUAUCAAACCUCACUAUUACUUUCAUCGACCCUUGCCUAUUGCGACGGUAAUUCGCCUUUUUGCUGUAAACUAUUCAGCAAAGACGAAUACUUUUGGGACUCACUGUAUGCAUUGAAGAGAAACAUAGAAAGAAAAGAAAGGAACAAACACAAAAUGGCUCCGAUUUAGAUGAAGAGUGACAAACGAUAAACGCCAACGUCAAUCAACACCACCAGUGUGCACACUGGAAUGCAGUAGAACAGCGGACAGACACAACACAACACACGUGCCUGCUUGGAUGGCGAAGACGAGAAGAACGAAACUGUAGGCGAUGGUAGUAGUGUGUAGUGUGUGCGCAAGAUGGCACUAUUUUUAAAGCGCCUCCCCUCGAAAGCUCUAUAGCGCUAGGAAUUUCCCGUGUCCCGUUUAUUUUCCACCACAUCGCACUAAGGGUUAGUUUUUAAGCAGAAAGCAAAGGGAAGAUAUAUUUAUUAGAAUACGCUCAGAAAGGUACGUUCAUUUCAUCCCGCUCAUCCCGUUCUAUAUGGCCACGUGGCGUCAUCGCAAUGGAAGCGCCUGGUACUUUGUACGAUUUGAUUACGAAAUUGUGUUUAACCAUCCCUCAACAGCAACCGGUUGGUCAGUCAGACGAAGUGAGGUAGGGUUGUGUGUGUGUCUCUCUUUGUUUUCCACAUCCCAUCACAAUGACGAUUGCGCGUGUGUGUGUGUGUUGUUAUCACUAUAAUUUGAUUUAAAGUUUUAUUUUUUGUAAAUGCCGUGCCAAUUAGAAAAUGAAAGAUUCCAUCAUAAAACACACACAGACACAGUAGAACAGGCUGCUCGAUACAAUGCUACUGCCAGAUUGCAAGAUUCCUUCCAGCUUUUCCGGGUUGUUGGUGGGGGUGAGGGGGGGUACAUUAUUCCUUCAGUUUGUGUGCCUCCCCGGAGAAAAAUAGAUAAUUUUAAGGCACACAAACAACACUAGAGAACUCACAAACACAACCGCAAGAGAGAGAGAGAGAGAAAAACAAGCUUUUUCGUAUUUUAACAUGCAAACGAAACAGAUGCUCCCAUUUCUCGGGGUUUUGCCUCUCGCAUUAUCUUCUUUCCCUCCCCCUUUUCCCACUCCCCCCCCCCUUGACCAAGCUAACUGACCUAUACAAAACACGAAUCAUAUCAUUAGAACAAUUUUUCCAAAUAGUAAUGUUUUGUAACACAGUAAAGAAGGACGGUAAAGCAGGAGAAAGUAAGGACAGAGAGAGAGAGAGAGAGCGUGCUGAAUAUUUUUUGGAAAACUAUUUUUAUCAUCGUUCGGUUUUAUCGGCUCACCCGGGUUGGCAUUGCUGCAGAUGUGGGAGAGAGACAAGAACGAGAGGGGGAGUGUAAGCGGGGCUUUUUAAGGCUAAGCGACAGGAAGCAUCACACAUCACUGGAUCACAGGAAGAAGGUAGAAAUGAGAUUGAGAUAGAAAAUCAAACAAAAUCAAAUCACCCGGUGUUGUAUCAUACUUUCGAGACGGUUUAGUUUAGGGCAGGACGACCUCGGUGUGCCCGCAAUGAGAAGCCACUGAUACACUGAUUAGCCUGAGUGCGACGCCAUAUUGCAAUUAUAGGACUACAGAGGGCGGGUACUACCACCCUCCCCCAAAAUGCUGCCGAUAUUAACUGCUAACACAGGAACAAAACACACGGACGGAGAGAGAGAGAGCUGAUUUGUAAAUAAAGUAGAAAAAAGAAAGAAAUAAAAACAAUGGCAGAAGAAGGCUGCCUUCCUCUCCACCACGGGAGCAGGGUGGGUUCGAUGGGAGGGUGGUGUUUGAGACCGGUGUUUAGAUAUGUGUAUAUUUAAGACGAUCGCUUUCUGUGUAAACAAUUAACUGUGCGAACGGAACGAAACAAUGGGGCACGAAGAGGAGGAAGAGGCGGGUGCGGCGUGGAUUUAGCCCUCUCUUCCUCCUGUGUCCCGUUUUAGGCUCUUAUCUGCAUUACACAUACACACACACAGCAUAAAUAAGCGGCAAUAAUACACAUUAUUAGCACGAUAAGCGAGAACGAUAAUCGGAUAAAUUGUAAAAGCAGGUCGAAAAGCAGGAGAAGGAAGCAGGGAGGAGGGGAUGAAGAAGCAAAGAGCAAAGUGGACAACUAAUAAGAAACUAAACAUAUAAGAUAAAUGUGAUUCUAAUCUUAUAGAAAAACUCAUAGGCUUAAGGAACAGCAAGCAGAUAGAGAAGAGAGGAGAGGAGACACUAACACAACCCAUACACACAAACACUUGCAGAAUGGAAUGCAAGAGAGAAUGUAACAGAAGAAAUACAUUGAGCAGAGAGAAGAAAAUUAAAAUGAUUAAAAACAAUGAAAACACAAUACACAAAACCACCAAUUUCUAUUA